GAGGAGACGGGAGCGACCCCCGGACCGGCCGCUGCCGCCGCUGCAACCCGCGCCCAGACUCCGCUGCUGCCGCUGCUCCCGCCCCUCCACCGUCACCACCAUGCCCAAGAGAAAGGCUGAAGGAGAUGCUAAGGGAGACAAGACCAAGGUUAAGGACGAACCACAGAGGAGAUCAGCACGGUUAUCUGCUAAACCUGCCCCUCCGAAGCCAGAACCCAAACCCAAAAAGGCACCUGCAAAGAAGGGAGAGAAGUUACCCAAAGGGAAAAAGGGAAAGGCUGACGCCGGUAAGGAUGGGAACAACCCUGCAGAGAAUGGAGAUGCCAAAACAGACCAGGCACAGAAAGCUGAAGGUGCUGGAGAUGCCAAGUGAAUUGUGUGAAUUUUUGAUAACUGUGUACUUCUGGUGACUGUACAGUUUGAAAUACUAUUUUUUAUCAAGUUUUAUAAAAAUGCAGAAUUUUGUUUUACUUUUUUUUAAGCUAUGUUGUUAGCACACAGAACGCUUUGUUGUUGUUUUGGGGGGAUGGGGCAGAUGUUACAGAUAGGAUGUCUCAGAAGCUGGGUUGAAAUGGGUGGGGAUUUCUUCCCCUCCUGGUUUAUAAGAGGACUUCUCUUGAAUACCAAGAGUAGGUUCCCUGACACACACACACACACACA